CUAACUGCGCGAACGACUUGGCCAGCUGUGGGAUGCGAGAAAAAAAAUAUAUUUUCACUUUGUUGAAAAGUUUGUGUAGCCAUAAAUUGAUGAAAUAAACUCGCGGAUCGGGCGGAAGUUGCAGUGAAAUUGUGAACCUAUUUGCGUAAUUUUUCCGGCGAUCGCGAAAGUGUUCGUUGAUGUGUGUUCGUGUGUAUGUGCGGGAAAACGCCAAAAUGCGCUGGCCGCAGCGGCUUUGAACAGGAAUUUGUCGAUUGCCGCACGUGACGUCAUCAGAAGUCUCAUCCCCACACACACACAUACGCACAGAGAACUCGUUCAGAUUGCUGUGUAAAAUAAUGAAAGCAAUCUAUCAACGACGACUGAAAGCGGAUUUCGAAAAGGGAACUUCAACAAGAAAAACAACCACAAGAGGGCAAGGAAGAGCCACCCCAACCACAAAACACACAGAAGGAGAAGGAAAACAUAACGCGCCUUGAUCAUCAGCAGAUACACAAAGAGAGCGAGCGGAAGGAAAAGAGAGAGCGAGAGAGCCUAUAUUUGUACUUACUGCUGGAUUUCGCUCUGUCUGUCUGUCUGACCUUUGGCAACAGCAGAGGUAUCUUCCCUUCCACACCCCCUUCCCAUUACUCGAGCAGUCGCUGUAACGAGAGAAAGAAAGAGUGAUGGAUACCCGUGUGGAGCUCGAACUCCGGCCCAUGGGCGAAGAGAAACUGAAACCGGAACUGGAACUUGGGGUGCCACAAUCGGAACCCAACAGGGAAACCGAAUCCGAAGCGGAGCUUGAAUUGGAAGAGGGAGAGCCAGAGCAGAAACAUUUGCUGACCCCCAAUCACGCCUUGGCAACCAGCAGCUCGGUGAACUCCAUCCAUGACCUGCAGGCCAGCCCCAGGACUCCGACGCCCACGCAGUCACCGCCGACACCGCAAUUGAAUGCCCAGCCCGGCACCUCCAGACAACUCUUCCGGGAGGCGGCCUUGGGCCACGGAGGCCUGGAGUCGACGGUCCUGCUGCAGCAGGAGCUACAGAGCAUCGCGGCCAACCAGACGCCGGCGAACAAGCUGCGCAGCGCCAGCUCCACGCUGGACGCUAGCGUGUCGCGCAAUCCCUCGACCACGGGCGGCAAGCAAGAGAAGAAGAUCGGCCACAGGCGGGUGGCCGAGGGCGGGGAGGUGACCUAUAAGAAGAUCCAGUCGAAGCAGAUCAUGGGCUCCAUACAGCUGGGCAUCCAGCACACGGUGGGCAGCCUGGCCAGCAAGCCGAAGAGAGACUUGCUGAUGAACGACUUCUGGGAGAUGGAGACCAUCUCGUUCCCGCCUGACGGCUCCUCGAUCACGCCGGCGCACCACUACAGCGACUUCCGGUUCAAGGUGUACGCCCCAAUCGCCUUCCGCUACUUCCGGGACCUGUUCGGAAUCGCGCCCGAUGACUUCCUCAUGUCCAUGUGCGCCUCCCCGCUCGUCGAGCUGUCCAACCCGGGGGCCUCAGGGUCCAUCUUCUACCUAACGGACGAUGACGAGUUCAUCAUCAAGACGGUGCAGAAGAAGGAGUGCGAGUUCCUGCAGAAGCUGCUGCCCGGCUACUACAUGAAUCUCUCCCAGAAUCCGCGCACGCUGCUGCCCAAGUUCUUUGGACUCUACUGCUUCCACUACAACUCGAAAAACGUGCGUCUGGUGGCGAUGAACAAUCUGCUGCCGUCGGACAUCAAGAUGCACUGCAAGUACGACCUGAAGGGCUCGUCGUUCCGGCGCAAGGCCUCCAAGGCGGAGCGCCAGAAGGCCAGUCCCACUUUCAAGGACCUGGACUUUGCGGAGCACCAUCCGAACGGCAUCUUCCUCGAGACGGACAAGUACAAUGCGCUGAUGCGCACCAUCCAGCGCGAUUGCAUGGUCCUGGAGAGCUUCCAGAUCAUGGACUACUCGCUGCUGGUGGGCAUCCACAACCUGGACAUCGCGGCCAAGGAGAAGCGCGAGGAACGCAUUCGGAAUGCGCGGGCCAAGCUGCAGCGCAAGGAGAGUGCCGCGCAGAGCGCCUCCUCCAAUGCCCACCUGGACGAUGACGCCCCCGAGGCGGACCAGAAUCAGCUGCAUGCCGUGGCCUCCUACGCCUCCAUUCCGGGCACCUCGGGGGCGGCCCUCAAUCGGACGCGUAGCAUGAACCGCCAGCGUCUGGUGGCCCAUUCCACGGCCAUGGAGUCGAUCACGGCCGACAUGGAUGUGACAUUGGAGGAGGACGAGGAUGUGCCGGCCGGCGGCAUUCCCGCCCGAUCCGAGAACGACGAACGGCUCAUCCUGUACAUCGGCAUCAUCGACAUUCUGCAGUCGUACCGCCUGGAGAAGAAGCUGGAGCACACAUUCAAGAGCAUCCUCUACAACGGGGACACGGUGUCGGUGUGUCGGCCCUCCUUCUACGCGAAGCGCUUCCAGGACGCCAUGGCCAAGCAGGUGUUCAAGAAGACGCCCACGUUUCCACUGAAACAUUCCCCCUCCAAGCGCAAGACAUCGGCCAGCCAGCUUCUGCGCACCCCUCAGACGCGCACGCCGGCGCAGAACACUCCCACCGGUGGAUCGGGACGGCCGGGCGUCCUUACCAUGAUGUCGGGCAUGUCCACACCCCCGCCAGCUUUCGACGACAUAUCCGAGGAGGACAUCACUGCCGCCUCCACGACAACGCUUCAGAAUCGCAGCCACACGAACAACAACCACGGGGAGGAGCAUCAGUCGGAGCUGGGUCGCGUCUCUGGUGGCGGUGGCGGAGAGCCAAGCAACACCUACCACACUCAGUACUCGUACGACAGCUCCGGUCGGACAGGCAGCGCCUUGGCUAGCGACUACAGCGACGACGAGUCGACGCGCUCGCCAUUGCAGCAGCAGCGCAUUAGCCAUCGCCUCACCAAGACCAGUGUUCAGGUGACGACGGUGGGCUAUGUGGAGGAUCAGCAGCUCUCCAACGCAGGCGGCCAGUUGGUUCAUGCGGACACAAAUGGGAAGGUUGGAGCGAUGACCACCACGACCACCACAAAGACGGCAAUCCUUCAGACGCCCAGUUUCACGUCUACGCUGGUGCUCAACGAUUUGCCGCACUGAAAAAAGAGUGGAGCGGAAUUAGAUCCGCUGCUUACCGCUGCCUGAGUGUGUGCAUCUGUAUGUUAGUGUGUGUGCGUGUGUGUGUGUGUGUACCUGUAUGUGUAUCUUCAAUCGAUGUUUUCGCGUGCCUUCCACUCUUUUGACUUUGUUGCAAAAAUUGUGUGCUUUGGCGCUCGUUUAUCUUGAUUAAACGAAAACGAAUACGUAUAUUCGAUAUUAAAAUUUAUGUGGCGCCUCUCCUAAUUGGCACCCCCUCUCCACCUAUGCUGCCGCCAGCAAAACACACACACAAACACACACAGACAGACAUUGGGGCAGAGGCAACAACAAAUGUUUACCGUUCUGCCCAUUAAAAUGUAUAAUUAUUCUAUUUUGCUUUCAUUUUGCAAUUCUAUCUGUUUUUCCAUUCUAUCCUUUCAAUGACUUUUUUGUUUUGUGUGUGGCCUUAACCGAAGUUUGGUUUAAAAUUGAGAAACGAAAAUUAUUUGGGUGCGAAAUGGAGUGGGAAAUGGAUUAGGAAAAUGUAGCCAAAACUCAGUUGUUGUCUAUGUUUGUGUGGUGCGCGCGUCUGUUUGUUUUUCUGUAUUAUAAAGUGCGUUUACGUAUUCUAAGAGAUGCUCAUGUGUAUAUACAUAUUUAACGAGAAUAAAUCUAUAUAUUUUACAUAACUGAA